AUGGAGUGCUCAAGACUUUCCGAAGAACGAGACGCAGCGAUAAGAGAAGCUCGAGCUGCCGAUGCUGAACGUGAUGACGCUUUGCAUCGGUUGAAGGAGCUCGAAUGUGAAAAGGAACCGAUUACUGAUCUGUGGAAUACGCACACAAUCGAGGUGGCCCUGCCGUACCCAAAACCCAAUCUGGGCAUUGUACUCAGUGGAGGAAGAACAGAAGACAGAAGCGCUAUUCCUGCCCCUAUCUAUGUUAAGGAUGUUUUGAUCGGAUCACCAUUGGAAAAUAUGCUAAAGCGACUUGACCAUAUUCUCAUGGUGAACGAUAUUGAUGUGAUGGACAUGGAUCAGCGUAGUGUGAUUGACAUUUUGAAAAACAGUCAUCACCUCAAAAUGCUUAUAAGGAGGAGAGCUAAUGCUGCAAGCAUUCAUGAAAUCACCUUCACCUCUAAUCAAGACAUUGGCAUCGAGUUGGGAAAUGGCGUUUUCGUUAAUUCUGUUGAUGCUGGCGGAGUUGCUAGUCGAGUUGGAGUGGAGCCAGGGCAUCGAAUUGUGCAUGUGAACAACGUACCCGUCUAUGACGCUAAACAUGCUGAACAGCUCAUCAGAUUUGGAAAUGGUCCAGUUGUGGUGGGCCUUCUUGAUGGAAAGAAACGGCCUGACCCCUACUCAAAAGACCAGUCUUCUAAACAGAAAGUCACACUAUUUUCCAAGAUUUUCGGUCGCCAAUCGGGCGACAAACCUCGGGUUGUCGCGAAAGCGAACAUCGGUAACGCCUCUGGGGAGCAGGUAUUUUUUCGACAAGGCUCGCUUAGGAUCCCCAACCCA